AAGGUUGCCCUUUAUGACUAGCUGUUCUCUCCUGUUGGUAAGCUGUGUCAUGUCAAACUCAACCUCCACCCCACAGCUGCUGAAUUGAAAUGGUUAUGAUUAGUGCUGGUAAGUGUUACCACUGGAUGAAAACGUGCAUAAGCUCUCAUGACACGCUUGCAGUCAUUUUGCUGACUCAUGUGUUUCCAUGGUCAGACCACAUCCUUUGAAUCUAACACAUAAAGCCCAGGGUGAGCAUUGAGGUGGGUUUGAGUGUACUCACCAUCAGAACAAAGACGGAGAAAAUGUUCUCCCUGAAGGGUUUCAUUGCUUUUAUCUCAUAUGUCUUUCUUCUUUUUGUCAAUUCAAGUCUUGGUUCCGAGAUUAUCAAUGGAAAAGAAGUUAAGGCACACUCGAUGCCUUUCAUGGCUCUGUUGGAGACAAAAGUGCCAGAAUGUGGGGGAAUAUUAAUUGAUCCAAAAUGGGUCCUGACUGCCGCCCACUGCACCAGCAUUCAGAAAGUAUUGCUGGGGGUACACUCCAUCAAAAAAGAAGAAAAGGAUACCAGGCAGGUUCGAAAAGUGACGAAAUCUUUUCCUCAUCCCUGCUUUGAUGAGGCUGACCGUGUCAAUGACCUCAUGUUGCUCAAGCUUGACAAGCCAGUGAAGAAAACCAAAACAGUAGACGUUCUCAAGAUGGGUGAAGUUGUCAAAGAGCCAGCAGCCGGCACCAGCUGUCUGGUGGCUGGAUGGGGAAAAACAGACUACAAGGUCAAGAAAAUGUCGGACGUCCUGAUGUCUGUCAAUGUGACUGUGAUCAGCAGAACAAAGUGCAACUCUCCAGAAUAUUACAAUCUCAAUCCUGUUAUCACCAAAAGCAUGAUUUGUGCUGGAUCAGAUGGCAAAAACAAUGCCGAUACCUGUGAGGGGGAUUCAGGUGGGCCUCUGCUGUGCAAUGGAGCUCUGGUUGGAGUCACUUCUUUUGGUCCACUUAAGUGUGGAGAUAGGAAAAAGCCCGGAGUGUAUGCUUUUCUCACAGAAAACCAACUCAACUGGAUCAAGAAGACAAUGAAGGGAGCUGACAUGAGUCCCCUUUUUGAAUGAGUCUGUUUGAUUUUCUUGCUUUUAUUCAAUAUUCAUUUCAUUAAAAAAAGGCUUUGUUUAAACAUAUCAUUGACAAAUUAAAGGAGAUAUCUAAACCCA